CCCUCCUCGCCCUUUCCCAUUUUCAUUUUAAUUUUCUUCAAACUAACAAAACAUGAAAAUGAUGAUGAUAUAAUCAAAGUUCCCAACGCCCUGGGCGGCUCUCUCUCUCUCCUCUCUCUCUCUCUCUCCUUGUUUUCUCCGCCAUCUUCACCCACUUUCUUCAUCCCCCCCCCUCUCUCUCUCUGUAUAUAUAUAUAUAUAUAUAUAUCUGCAAGGCAAGAGCACACAGAGAGCACUUCAUUCAUUCAAAUUCUUCAUUCAAUCUCCCCCAGUUUGGACGGCAAUGUCUUCCUGUUCAUCUUUCUCGGCUGCAACCAAAAUCAUCCAACCUCUCAACUUCCCCACCAGAUCUCCCGACAAUGCUCUGUUCGAUCCCCUCAAACCCAAAACCACCAUUACCUCCUCUUCUUUCCUUGGAUCUUCCACCCACAGAUUCCGCUUCUUCGACAAGAAGCCCCACCCCCGCCAUAGAUCCCGCCCCGUCCUCGCUGUUCUCAAGGAAAAGCAGAAGAAUCUCAAUUCGUCCACCGCCUCUCUUCCCAAUCUGCUGAUCACGAAAGAGGAAGGGCUGGAGCUGUACGAGGACAUGGUUCUGGGUCGAGCAUUCGAGGACAUGUGCGCCCAGAUGUACUACAGAGGCAAGAUGUUCGGAUUCGUCCAUCUCUACAACGGCCAGGAAGCCGUUUCUACCGGAUUCAUCAAACUUCUCAAGAACGAGGAUUGCGUUGCCAGCACCUACCGCGACCACGUUCACGCCCUGAGCAAAGGGGUCCCUGCUCGCGCUGUCAUGAGCGAGCUCUUCGGCAAGACCACCGGCUGUUGCCGUGGCCAGGGCGGUUCUAUGCACAUGUUCUCCAAAGAACACAAUCUUCUCGGAGGCUUUGCCUUCAUCGGCGAGGGCAUUCCGGUUGCCACUGGCGCAGCCUUCACUUCCAAGUACCGGAGGGAGGUGUUGAAGGAGGCUGAUUGUGAUCAUGUCACUCUCGCCUUCUUUGGUGAUGGGACUUGCAACAAUGGCCAGUUUUUUGAAUGUUUGAAUAUGGCCGCCUUGUGGAAGUUGCCGAUUGUGUUUGUUGUGGAGAACAAUUUGUGGGCAAUUGGGAUGUCCCAUUUGAGGGCUACUUCGGAUCCCAAGAUCUGGAAGAAGGGCGAGGCUUUUGGAAUGCCCGGAGUUCAUGUUGAUGGAAUGGACGUGUUGGAGGUGAGAAAGGUGGCCAAGGAGGCUAUCACCAGGGCUAGGAGAGGAGAUGGCCCGACUCUGGUUGAAUGCGAGACCUACAGGUUCAGAGGACACUCUUUGGCUGAUCCCGAUGAGCUUCGUGACCCGAAUGAGAAAGCUUGUUAUGCUGCUAGAGAUCCAAUCGCUGCCUUGAAAAAAUACAUGAUUGACAAUAAUCUGGCCAGCGAAGCGGAGUUGAAAGCAAUAGAGAAGAAGAUAGACGAGGUGGUAGAGGAUGCAGUGGAGUUUGCAGAUAGCAGCCCUCCACCGCAUCGCAGCCAGCUAUUGGAGAAUGUGUUUGCGGACCCAAGAGGUUUCGGUAUCGGCCCUGAUGGGAAAUACAGAUGCGAGGAUCCAAAAUUCACUGAAGGAACUGCUCAUGUCUAAUCUUGUGAUUUGUAGAAUUUUGGAGUUUGCUUCUGAUUCAUUGUUCUAAUGUGGUUUUGGAAUACAACAUAGCAAUAACUAGCUUAAUUUCUUGUCGCUAUGUAUUUCUUUUACUAUUAUAUUAUAUAGCAGGUUGUGCUGUAGAGGCUGUGUUUUUUGUUGCUAAUUUCAUUUUUGUAAGGAUGCCAAGAGCAUACCUCUUUUAUGUCCGUACUUCCAAAGUGUUAGCUACGUUAAAGCUGAAACUUAAAUCUGGAAAAGUUUGAACAAUGCAUGUAAUAGAUAGUUAGCAAUUGCUUCUUCUAAGGAAACAUAACUUCGCAUUGGAUUA